AUGACGGGUAGGUAAAUUAAUUAUUGAAAUUAAUUUUUUGUCGUAAAAAAAUUUCUAAGACACGUCACACGAUGUUACAAGUAAUAUCGAAUUCAACUGUCAGUCACUCAGGAGUGGCUGUAACGUGUGAAGCAUGGCGCCACGCUGUGUGUUUUUAAGCCCCGGUUUUUCACAUUUUUGAUACGUUCACAAAAUGCAUUUGCGCUAACAAUAUCUUUUGGUGUAUUUUAGUCAACUACGGACAUCUGUUUAUAUUUAGUUUUACACGGAAAGGUAAUUUUUUCCUCUUUGAACAUUACCGUGUGUAAGGUUAAGAUACCUUUCACCAUUGCGACGUGUCAAUCGUGCUUUUAUUCUAUAUAUUUACUUAACAUUAAGUGAUUAUAUCGAGAUAACUGACUUGUCGAUAAUGUGCUGAUUAAUUGUGAGCAAGAUGUUUCAUUUAAAAAUUCGAUUUUUAACAUUGUUAAUAGAUGUCACGAACAGAUAAGCUAAAGUGCCGUUACAGCUGUACUUAUGUUUGUCCAUACAUUUCCAACAUAUUUUUAAUCUUAUCGUGCAAAUGUUUUUUUCGAAGAACAAACUUUUUACUUAAAUAGUUAUGUUAAGAUGUAAAUACAGUUAAUUAAAAGGUUUAUUUGGAGAAAUUAUAUUGCAGAUAAAUGGAAUACAAGUUUAAUUGACUGAAAAACGAUAUUUUUAUUUUGUAGGAUAAACUUCACUACUACAAACAAGCUUGUACCGGAGAAAAUGCUUCCACUUUCGCACAAAGAUUCAAAGAAUCUUGGCAGCAGAAUAAAGGAGCAGCUGUUGGGAUGGAAACGUUUGAUAUUCUCGGACAAAAAUACCAGGAAUUUAUUUUUGUUUCUUUUAUUAAAUUUAUCCUUUGCCUGCAUAGAAUUGUUGUAUGGAAUAUGGACAAACAGUUUGGGUUUAAUAUCAGAUAGUUUUCACAUGUUCUUUGAUUGUACUGGUUUAUUAUUCGGUUUGGCUGCAUCGGUUAUAACGAAAUGGAGGGCAAAUGAAAGAUAUUCCUAUGGCUAUGUCAGAGCAGAAGUUUUGGGAGGAUUCGUCAAUGCCUUGCUUCUGUUCUUUAUUGCUCUGUUCAUUAUGUCAGAAGCUGUGGAAAGAUCUAUUGAGCCUCCGGAGAUAAAACACGAAAGACUUUUGGUCGUGUCCAUUAUGGGAUUAAUAGUUAAUUUAGUAGGAAUGUAUGUAUUCCGUCAUGGACAUGGACAUGGACAUGGCCAUGGAAUGGGACAUGGUCAUGGAAUGGGACAUGGUCAUUCCCAUUCUCAUUCUCAUGGAAGUCAUGCGCAUUCUCACUUGAACCACAGCGACGGCCAUGAUCAUCAUGAUAUCGAAAUCGAUCCCUCCUUCAGUGGUACAAAUUCUCAGAUCAUGAAGGGAGUUUUCUUGCAUAUUUUGGCAGACACUCUUGGAUCUGUAGGUGUAAUUAUAUCAGCAGUGCUGAUGCGUUUGUUCGGUUGGUUUAUAGCUGAUCCAAUUUGUUCUAUGCUGAUCUCAGUAUUGAUAGUUCUAAGUGUGCUGUCUUUGAUGAAAGACUCAUGGGAGAUAUUGAUGCAAAGACAACCAGCGGCGUUGGAUUAUAUUCUACCACAAUGUUACAACAAGGUGACACAAUUGGCUGGGGUGUAUAGUGUGCAAGAACCACAUUUCUGGACCCUGUGCUCAGAUGUGUACGUCGGUUGUUUGAAAUUGGAAGUUGCUAGAACAGUAGAGCCUAAGUAUGUCGUAGCACACACUCAAAUGAUUUUCCAAGCAGCCGGAGUAAGGCAUUUAACUGUUCAGUUGGAUUAUGCACCUAUGUGA